UUUUCCUGAAAAACACGCAUGCGCAUUAAGUGGGCGGAUGUAAUGAUUUCGAUGGGAAGAAAUAAUAUUCAGCAUCGAAGGAAUAACAACUGAAAUCAUCCCGUCCUGCAGCAUGCACCUAUGUGAAUGUGGAGAAUGACCAGCAAUGUCCAAGUUGAACAUUCCACCCUUUGUGCCUGCCCGGACUGUGCUGGAAGGCCUCGAGUCAGAGGAUGCGUGUGAAGACAAGAAAGCUGUAAAAAAGGAGAUCCAUAGCAAAAAGGGAGCCAAAAAGGACAAAAUGGAAGAGGAGAAUACAGACCUGCUCAGACUUUGCCACACAGUACCGCUGGAGGUGGUGAACUUAGGUGGGAAAGGUUACGAUCCAGAGAAGAAAGACUACUCAGGUUUUGAGGCCUGGUUGCAGUGUUACUAUGUGGAUGGAAUGAAGUCUGUACGCGACCACAAUGGCAGGACUAUGUGGUUCAAAGGCGAUCCAGGUCCUAUGGCUCCUAAAGAAUCAAAGUCUCCAAAGGCCAAAAAGAGAAAAGAUACAGAUGCAGACCAUGAUUACCCCCGCAAGAAAAAGGUGUCCAGGAAACACAACUCUGACAGCACAGUGAAGAAAAAAGCAGCCAAAAAGCCCACAAAAGCAGCAAAGGAAGAAGAAAAUGGACCUCAAGAAGAAGCCACACCCAGAAGAAGAUCAGCAAACACACCUCAGCAAGAACCGAAAUCCACGUCAGGCAGGAGGAAAAAGAACAAUACAGAGCCAGCUGCAGGUCUGAUUCUAAUAAUACUCCCAUUUUCUGAAAAUAUUAAGAGCCUGAUCUUUGAGGAUCCAAUUCCCACACACUUAUCUGUGUGCGCAAACUAUAAAAUUGCAUGUACUGUUGGUGGACGUGUUGUAUGUGAUCUACUUUGUGCAAUUGAUAGCAGCAAAAGUGGCACAGAUCACCCUAUUUUUGUGUACUAGAAGCAUUAUGUGCCCUUGGAAACACUUCUUUCCCUCUACAUUCAUGUUAUUAUGCUCUCCACACUGGAGGGGGGCUUAUAUUAGAUUAUAGCACAUAUCGAUCAUCUAACACCUUUUCUGCAAUAUAGAAUCACAGUAUGUAUACUAUUUGCAGCAGGAAUGAUCAAACUGCAUAUUGCAAGAUAUUUUUUUUAGGAGUUAUACUAAAUACAAAAAAAAAAACCGCAACGCUUUUGUUCUUGUUCCCAAUUUAAAUGAACUCAAAGAUCGAAAACUUUGACUAUAAACACAAAAUACCUGUUCCUCUCAAAUAUUGUUCACAAAUCUGUAUACAUUUGUUAGUGAGCAUUUUUUCUUUGACAGGUGUGCCUUGAGCUGUCCAAAAUAAAAGGCCACUGUGAAAUGUGCAGUUUUAUCACACAACAAGGGACGGCGUGGCGCAGUGGGAGAGUGGCCGUGUGCAACCCGAGGGUCCCUGGUUCAAAUCCCACCUAGUACCAACUUCGUCACGUCCGUUGUGUCCUGAGCAAGACACUCCGCCCUUGCUCCUGAUGGGUGCUGGUUAGCGCCUUGCAUGGCAGCUCCCUCCAUCAGUGUGUGAAUGUGUGUGUGAAUGGGUAAAUGUGGAAGUAGUGUCAAAGCGCUUUGAGUACCUUGAAGGUAGAAAAGCGCUAUACAAGUACAACCCAUUUAUCAUUUAUUUAUUUAACACAAUGCUUCAGAUGUCGCACGUUUUGAGGAAGCGUGCAGUAGGCAUGCUGACUGCAGCAAUGUCCACCAGAGCUGUUGCCCGUCAAUUAAAUGUUUAUUUCUCCGCCAUAAGAAUAGAAUAGAAUAGAAAGUACUUUAUUGAUCCCUGGGGGAAAUUCAGCACCACAGUUCGCUCACAAUAAACAAUGAUAAUAAUAAAUAAUAUAAUAUAUAUGAAUAAUAUAAAUAUAUUCUACAUUUAAGUGCAGUCAAGGAACAUAUGCAUUAUACAGUCUGAUGGCUGUCGGUGUGAAGGACCUCCUGUGUCGUUCCGUGUUGCAUUUUGGGAGUCUGAGCCUUCCACUGAAUGUGCUCAUUCUCUCUGCAAGGUCCGAGUGUAGUGGGUGGGAGGUGUUGUCCAUAAUGGCUAGGAGUUUUGCUAGACUUCUCUCUGACACCACCGCCAGAGAGUCCAGCUCCACUCCCAUCUUGUUACUGGCCUUCUCUACCAACUUGUCCAGUCUGUAUGUGUCCCUCACUCUCAGCCCACUGCCCCAGCAGGCCACGGCGUACAAGAGGGCGCCUGCCACCAGCGACUCGUAGAACAUCUUCAACAUCUUUGUACGGACGUUGAAGGAUCCUAGCCUCCAAAGGAAAUAUAGAUUCGGCUCUGUCAGUUCUUGUAGAGGGCCUCAGCGUGUUUUGACCCAUUCAGCUUGUUGUCCUUGUGUACUCCGAGGUAUUUAUAAUCCUCUACCAUGUCCACAUCCACCCCCUUGAUGGAAAGAGGGGUCGCCAGAGUACUCCUCCUCCUUCCCAGGUCCACAACCAGCUCCUUGGUCUCCGUAACAUUGAGCUGGAGGUGGUUCUUUCCACACCAUGUGACAAAGUCCUCCACCAGUGUCCUGUAUUCCUCGUCAUCACCUUCCUCAAUACACCCCACUAUCGCAGAGUCAUCAGAAAACUUCUGAAGGUGGCAGGACUCUGACUGAUAGUGGAAAUGGGUGGUGUAAAUGGUGUAGAGGAAGGGGGAAGAGUACUGUAGCCUCCGGGGCCCCGGUGUUGCUGACCAACCUGUCAGACACACAGUCCUGCAGUCGCAUAUACUGUGGUCUGUCAGUCAGGUAAUCUACAACCCAGGACACCAAGGGGGCCUCCACCUGCAUCUUCUCCAACUUCACACCCAGUAGCCCAGGCCGUUUAGUAUAAGCCGCCUCCAAAGGUGUUUCAGAGAAUUUGGCAAUACAUCCAACUGGCCUCACAGCCGCAGACCAUAUUGAUUGGCUGAGACCUGCCACCCGGACAGCUGCUACAACAAUUGGUUUGCUUAACCAUAGCAUUUCUGCACAAACUGUAAGAAACUACCAUGAAUUGAUUAACGUGGACCCCGACUUAAACAAGUUGAAAAACAUAUUGGGGUGUUACCAAUUAGUGGUCAAUUGUACGGAAUAUGUACUGAACUGUGCAAUCUACUAAUAAAAGUAUCAAUCAAUCAA